AUGACUCAACCCAAUAACCAACACUCAUACCUAAACAUCAUCAACGAACUAGAACGAGAGAUCAUCAGAGCAGCACCAAACGAUCUACUCCAAUUCUGCUCAGCCUGGUUCCAAUUCAAACUAGAACAGGAAAGAACUCAGAUCAGACAACAACUCAACCAACUCAACUCAGUCUACCAACAACAACAACAACAACACCAGAACCAACAACUGACCUAUCACUCCAACUAUCCAUCAAACCAUCCAUCCUACUACCAUCAACAACAACAACAACCAACCCUCUGCUACUCCUUCAACCAACCACCCCCAAACAACUUCCCUACUACUACUACUACUACUAACAACAACAACGGAUUCAUCAAUCCACCAGCUCAUCGAACUCCUGCCCCGAUCAACCAAAAUCAACACCACCCCUACCAACCCAUCUCUCCCAAUCAAUCCCUCCGAUCACCCGCACCCACCUACCACUCAUCCCCCGGACCAUUAACCGCUUACAGUCUAGCAUCAGCCACCACAGUCACCAACAACAACAACAACAGCAAUCGAUCAAUGCCCACCAUUCAACCACAACAACCUACACCCCCUGUGGCUGAGGAGGAAUCGGACGACGACAGCAGCUCGGAUGAUUCGAGUCACGUGCCACUCGUACCUGCUGGUUACAACUUUGGCCGAAGGGUCUCGGUCUCUGCCGAAUCAUUAUCCCCCUUCAACCGAGACGAUGGCCCGAUUGCACCCAAGAAGGUAGUCCCCAAGACCCACAACCAACGUCAACGGAUCGAAAACUCGAUCAAGGAUAACCUACUCUUCAGGUAUCUCGACGAGGAACAGCACGACGAUGUGGUCAAUGCCAUGGAAGAACUCACCGUCACCCAAGGCACCGAGGUGAUUGUUCAGGGAGCCGUCGGCGACUUCUUCUACGUCGUCGAGGAAGGUACCUUCGACGUCUACAUCCGCGGACCACGUACCUACACCUACGUCCCAGCGCCUUCCAACGGAGCUCAGGGCACACUGGUCACCAUGGCCGGUGGUGAAAGCCUGGUUCCAACUACCAAUCUCACCAAUGGACUCUCAGCCUCCUCUGCUUCAGCCGAGAGCGGGGCAGGCUCGAUCCAAAGGGGCAGUACCCCCUUCGGAGGAGCAUCCAACGGCACCACCGUCACUCAUCAAGCCCCGAGUAAGAAAGUAUUCCAAUAUGGCCCCGGAGGUGCGUUUGGUGAACUAGCGCUGAUGCAUAACGCACCACGAGCGGCAACGGUGGUGGCCACCUCUCCUACGGCCACCUUAUGGGCAUUAGAUCGGGUCACCUUCCGAUCCAUCCUCAUCAAUCAUACCGCUACCAAGCGAAAGAUGUAUGAGAACUUCCUCUCCGAAGUCCCCAUCUUCGUCUCCCUCUCGCCCACAGAGAUCUCUAAAAUCGCAGACUCCCUCGAGGAUCGCUCCUUCCCCGAAGGCGUCGACGUCAUCAAGGAGGGCGAACUCGGCAGAGAAUUCUUCAUCAUCGAGUCCGGUAGAGCCGAGGUCUAUAAGAAACGCGUCAACUCGAAUCUUCAUCAACUUCGGAACUCUAAUAAUCCGCAAGAUGUUGUCGAAGAAGAGUUGGUUGGAAUUCUUGGUAAAGGAGAUCAUUUUGGCGAAUUGGCCUUAUUGAAUUCCGCACCAAGAGCGGCGACGGUGAGGGUAGCCAAAGGGACGGGCCGCUUACGCGUGGCGGCGUUAGGCGAGAAAGCGUUCACACGCUUACUAGGACCAGUGAUCGACAUCUUAUCGCGCCAUGCGGCGUCGCACUAUGGGGCGGAUGUAGGAGUCGGAGGACACGGACAAGGAGGGACGGAGGCAACGGGAAGCUCUUCAUCGACGAUGGCGGGGGGCAAUAAUGAUGGCCAAUCGGCACAUCUCGAGCUUAAUUCGCCCAGGUCUACCUCCUUCUCUCUCCCCCCUCUUCCCCCCUCUUCGUCCUCUUCCUCCUCUACCGCCCCUGCAGCCUCCCAUCACUCGCCCUCCGUCGCCGGUAGACCUAGCCCCGCAGCUGGAUUCGCCGGCUGGAACGGUCUCAAUGGAAGACUCACUCCCGCUGAUGAUUCCAAGUGA